GUCGUCGACGUUUAUGGGGUUUUUUUUAAACGAAAAUGGCGUCCGGCGUAAGACAGGAGCUCGCCCAGCUCAUGAACUCUAGCGGCUCUCACAAAGACCUCGCUGGGAAAUAUCGUCAGAUACUGGAAAAGGCUCUACAGUUUACGGAUGCAGAACAACUUGAGGCCCUGAAAGCAUUUGUUGAAGCGAUGGUCAACGAGAAUGUCAGUCUGGUGAUAUCCAGGCAGUUGCUGACUGACUUUUGCACACACCUUCCAAGUUUACCCGAUAGUACAGCUAAAGCAGUUUAUCACUUUACUCUUGAGAAAAUUCAACCCAGAGUGAUCUCCUUUGAAGAGCAGGUGGCUUCCAUUAGACAGCAUCUAGCCACUAUUUAUGAAAAGGAAGAGGACUGGAGAAAUGCUGCCCAAGUUUUAGUGGGUAUACCACUGGAGACAGGCCAAAAACAAUACAAUGUUGACUACAAGUUGGAUACGUACCUAAAGAUUGCCCGCCUUUAUCUGGAGGAUGAUGAUCCUGUUCAGGCUGAGGCCUAUAUUAAUCGUGCCUCUUUACUGCAGAAUGAGUCCACCAAUGAACAACUACAGAUCCAUUACAAGGUAUGCUACGCCAGAGUGCUGGACUACCGACGAAAAUUCAUCGAAGCAGCUCAGCGCUACAAUGAGCUUUCCUACAAAUCCAUUGUCCAUGAAAGCGAGCGGCUGGAGGCCUUAAAACAUGCCCUUCACUGCACUAUUCUGGCCUCUGCAGGGCAACAGCGCUCGCGUAUGUUGGCUACACUGUUCAAAGAUGAGCGAUGUCAGCAGCUGGCGGCUUAUGGCAUUCUGGAAAAGAUGUACUUGGAUCGCAUCAUUCGGGGGAACCAGCUGCAGGAGUUUGCUGCUAUGCUGAUGCCCCAUCAAAAAGCCACCACUGCAGAUGGCUCAAGCAUCUUAGAUCGAGCAGUCAUUGAGCACAACCUUCUCUCUGCUAGCAAGCUGUACAACAACAUUACUUUUGAAGAGUUAGGAGCACUUUUAGAGAUUCCACCUGCAAAGGCAGAAAAGAUCGCUUCCCAGAUGAUUACAGAGGGUCGUAUGAACGGCUUUAUUGACCAGAUAGAUGGCAUUGUCCACUUCGAGACACGAGAGGCGCUACCCACCUGGGACAAGCAGAUCCAGUCACUCUGCUUCCAGGUCAAUAACCUUCUGGAGAAGAUCAGUCAGGCAGCCCCAGAGUGGACAGCGCAAGCUAUGGAAGCCCAGAUGUCCCAAUAAACCUCACACUCUUAAUUCAGUCCCAUUCUGACAUCUCACCACUUUUAGGUCAAAAACAGGCACUUUUAAAGGACAUAUCAACAAGAGAACAGAGAACAGGCCAUCUGAUUAAUCUGUUUUUUGCUUGAUGGGCAGUUAGAUAUUUACAGCACACCUGAUGAUGGCAUAUUCACAGCGACUGUCUCAGGCUUUGAGGCUCAUGUCAUAAUAACCUGGACAUAUGUGAAAAUGGUUUCAUUUAAUGUCUUAAUAAAUCUUUGUGUAAGCCUACACUCCUCAGGUGUUAGGGUAUCUUGGUUGUAGUGGUGUGACCAACCUCUGUUAUAUAAACGUUUGUGAAAGUUGA